CAUGGAAACUUCACCACCAAAGUCUACCAACAAACCGGCAAGAAAUAUCUAGGAAGAAAAGCUCCUUCAACAGUAUUGGUCAGACCUUAGCCGUUCCUCAUGUUCCUGAGACUUCUCACCAUGCCCAACACAAGAGGCCGCCGUUAAGAAUGUUAAAGACCACAAACAACGGAAGUGUCCAUGAAACUUUGUGGUUACAACUGCCAACCAUAGAAAUCGGGCAAGCCACGUUGGCAACAAAGUACAAAGACCAGAAGAUCCCUGAAGAAUGUCGUUCAAACACUUGUGACUCCUCAGGCAUGUCAUAGCGUUCAUCCCGAAAUCGCAUUAAUGGAAACAAAUCUUCAGCAACCGAAUAUCCUUUCAACUCCCUGAAAUGCCCGGAAAUAUUCAUCAUCAAAGCCCCUCAAGAAAGAUGACAAUGCAGCACGGAGGACAGAGACUUUCUUUAGCGUCUUGUUCAGAGUGUCACCGCACUAACGCCAAGAAAGUAACAUAAAUACCCAACGUUUAUCAGUAGUGGCUAAGGUAUAGCAUUAGCUUAAUAACUGAAGCAUCCAACUGCAUGUGUCAUGAAAUCAAAUAAAAUGAAGCAGGCUGCUCAUGAGAACUACAUUUAUUGGACAUUUGUAUUAUUAAAGUACUGGGAAAAUGACGACUGAUUGUAUCACUGGUAAUCGAAGAAUGAGAUUCAGGGCCUGGGAACGAUUUUUUUUUUACAGGGGGUGCUGCUGUUAAUUUGAUAAAAAAAGUUUCACUACAGAAUAAAUAUCAGUUUGGUCCUGAUAAUUUUGACAAGCAAAAAAACAAAAACAAAAAGACACACUUUCACUACAAAAUAAAGGUAAUUUUUGUUAUAUUUAUCAAUUUUGCCACACCUACCGGAAUUCCAGGGGUGCUGCCUAUGGAAAAUAACACACGCAGCACCUCCCAGCAAAAUCUUGGUUUAUUUAAUUUCUAUAUCCAUUUUUCAACAUAGUAAUCAGAAAUACAUAAAUACAAAAUCAAUUACAUAAAUAAAUACAAAGAUGAGUGUGAUGAGAUGAGAAUGAGUUGAGAGUAAAUGAAUAUCAAAACAAAUGUCAAUUGACAAGAUAUUCUUGGAUCAGAGAGAAAAACGUAAAAACAGUCUGAUCAUUUUUGGUAAGCAAAUAGGGAACAUAGUGGGUCCAGGAUUUCACUAAGGGAGGGGGGUGUUCUUAUCGUUGGCUUUUUUGACAAUUGAUAAAAAAGUUCUCUUAAAAAAAAACAUAAUUGUCAUCCCCCAAAAAGUCCGGAAUAUUUCCCGGUGUCUCUUUUCAACCGAACCCCCCAAAAAUAUUGACUGAAAAGUCAUUUAAAAAAAGAGUUAAAAAAAGUAAAAUCAUGCUAGAAUUAUGCCGAAGUGUAUCAAAGGAUACCUUGUAUCAUGUUGCAUGAUGCUAGAUGCCAAAAGGGGUAGAAUUAUGCUGACUCGCAACUAUGAAAGUAAAAAGAGUUCUCUGAGAAAAGAGGUGUCAACAAUGUCUGAAAAUCAUUCCUUCGAACUUGGACUUCAACCUACGAGGAAAUAGAUUCCUCUUUCAAUACGAUAUCCAACGCAAUUAUUUAGCAUGAGGUGGGGUGGUUAUUGUUGAAAUAAUUAUUAGAUUUUAAUAGAACAUUGUUGGAUGGGGUUGCACCCCCAAACCCCCUUACAUAGAAUACUCAAAUACCAGACAGACUUUGUUAUGAUCUACCCCCCAGAUUUGAAUAAAUUGAAGAUUGACGAAUGGCGUCACGGUUUAUUUUAUCGUCUGUAUGGUGUUUCGAGACACUUCAAUAAAUUAUAUUUCUUUAACUCCAUUGUAUCUAGGCAAGGUGAAUAUUAAUGACUAUUGCACUUUCAUUUAUUGCAGACCCGUUAACGCUUAAAUAAUUCUAACGUUCUAUUGAACUCUCUUUAUGAUAUAUACCGGUAUUAUGCCAUUGCUCACUGGUGUUCACUCUGGAAAGAGCGUCGCUCGUUCCCUAGGUAACCAGAUAGCAAGGUUUUCUUCAACUCCAAUUCAAAGUCACUCUGGUGUUUUCCGUACGUCAAAAACAGAAUAUAAAUUUCUGAUUCAUCUACGGAUUAUCUUGAAAAACUGUCUUCUUUUCUUUUUUUUUGUUUAAUGAGCGAGACACCGAAACGUUCUACUCGUAAUUACAACAUUUAAUCCUACAGCAUUACAAAUUAACAACAUUUUUUAUAAGGACGAAGCCGGGAUUAAUUCGUGGAGUGAGUAAUUUCUCGCUACCUAUAUUGCUCCAAAUUUUGGUAGGAGAGAUGGCGGUCAUGCGACGAUGUUGCUGUUUCGAUAAUACACGGUCUGGUUCAAUAGCAUGUGGGAUAUUUUCAAUGAUAUACACCGUUGUGUACCUUGGAUGGUGGAUAAAACAGUAUCUUAGUAUCAGGCUAAUCCAAGCUUUCAACCCAUUUGGAUUAAAUUAUGGCGCCAUCUACGCCGGAUACAUCAUCAAUUUUCUUAUCCUCUCUCUCCUCUUCGUCGCCUGCAUACUUCUCCUGAUCGGAGUUACCAAGGAUAAUAAGGUACUGCUACUACCCUACAUAAUUCUCCUCGGACUACUUCUCUUCUUUCAACUAAUUAGCUGGAUCAUCUGGCUCGCUGUACUGGGAUUCUUUGCCAUCCUUCUCAUCAUCGACUUCGUUGUCUGGCUCGGAUUCCUGUCUAUGAACAUUGUCUGCUUGCUGUGUGUUAUCUCACAGUACCAAGAACUGCAUGAAGGACGUGGCAAGGUGGCAGACAUCCAAGCCGCUCGAGCAUCGCGGGUCGUGGUGAUACAACCGGGAGGGGUACAAGCAGGGGUAGUCACCACCACCACAUAUGCAGGCAACACCACAGUCGUCACCGCCGCUCCCGGACAGCAGGCAUACCCGCCACCGCAGCAGGGGUACCCUCCACCACAACAAGGGUACCCUCAGCUACCGCCUCAGCAGCAAGGGGGUUACCCUCCAGCGGGCCAGAUGCCCGGCCAACCAGCGGAUCCGGCACCAGGUUACUCCCAGCAAGACCCAGCCCAACAGCAACAAAACCAGUCCUACCCAACAAAGUAAAGAUAUUCAUAUGAGCCAUCAUAGAUUCCCGCAUACAUGGUACAGUAACGGAAGACACAACAUUAGUUCUGAAACUCAGAAAAGUCAUUAUAAUAUCUUACUACAAAACCGCCAAUAUCUUUGCGACGAAAUGUGGGAAAUUUUAUUGUCUUGUAUGUUAUUCACAGCGAUGUUCGCGGGUAGUCUAACUCUUUAGCCGUCCUAAGUAGUAUACAAAGUCGUUGGUCAUGUUUCUGGAACCUCUCGAUAUCUGAAGGUGCCACCUUUUUCAAAGUCCUCACAGAACUUGAGAAUCAUACCAUCUUGGUUUGACGACCAGACGUUGAGCUAAACAUAAAGCAACUUACAACAUUGAGCCCAACUUGACCCCAUGACCCCGGGCCCAUGACCCGUAUUCUGAACUAGGGUUUAAGAUAUUCCUCUGGUCUAAAGUUGUGGUAUUGGAUAAAAUGGUCCCGUCUUUUCGGGAAUAUAAAGUGCCCUUUUCUCGAAUGAUCGGGUAAACCAGACCAGACGUUUCGGGAAUUUAGGGGGCCCUCUUCUAAACUAUUUGGAUAUACGUGAUUGCCCGACCCGACGCGAUAACCUGGUGGGUGUUUCAUAAAGCUGUUCGUAAAGUUACGAACGACUUUACGCACGACUGGAACAUGUUCUUAGGUCAUAACUCAAUUACAUAGGGAUAUCACAUGGCACAAGAAAGGAUCACCAGUCGUGCGUAAAGUAAUUCGUAUCUUACAAACAGCUCUAUAUGAAACACCCACCUGGGGAGUGUUUCAUCAACAUUUUCAUCCGACAAGUUGUCAGAUCUGACAUCUUUCUCUGAUGUUGAUUGGCUGAGAGGUACUGUUACUAUGGUAACUGUCGGAUAAAAUGUGACUUGUCGGAUAAAACGUCCGACAAGUCCUUUCAUGAAAUGCUCCCCAGAUGUGAUAGUACAAUACGGUAAUUUCAAGUCUUAACUACCCCCAAAUUCUUUCAGUUAUGAUUAUGUGUUUGUUCUCAUUGUUAUUGGAAAUUAUGUGAAGUAAUGAUUGAAACAUGUGUUAAUUUGUGACAGGCUAAAAUUGUGAAUUAUGCAAAGUGUAUUUUGUUGAAAUGUCAAAUAUCUAUUAAUUGUCCACUAUUGUUAUGAAUGCAAAAGUUGUGUCCUAUUGUUCUAGUCUAUGCAGUCAUGAAACCUAAAUCAUUAAGAAGCACUUAUGUAUAAAUCGAGGUACCUAGGCAUGUAAACUCGGGACAGGGGCGGUUCCAGCAGAGAGAGAGAGAGGGGGGGGGGGGGGGGGGGUAACGGUUGCUACCCUAAUGUGCCCCCUAAGCAGUAAUGAUGAAACUGGCCCUCAGUUUUUUUUUAAGUGAAAACUUAUUUCUUGAAAAUUGUUUUACAAAAUUGAAAGAAAAAGGUGAUUUAUUUUCUGAAGUGAUGAAUUUUCCCCCUUGACACCCCCAAGAAAUAAAAUCCUGUGCCCCAAAAUCUGACAUUCUUGAUCCGCACCCGACUCACCGACCCAGAUGUUAAACCUUUAUUAAACACUUGACAUUGUAGUUACCGCACGAAUAUGUGGGAAUUGAUUGGCACUUUCAUCUUCAUGAACCCUACUACAUGGUUCAUUAUAUCUGUACAUAUAUGACUAAAUAUUUUGUGUUUAAAAUAUAUGGAACACCCUAAUAAUGGGCGUGUAUGUGCAUACGAACAAAAGAGAAUUAUAAUUGUUAAUUGAGAAUGGAGAAAAUACCUUUUUUUUUCAUUUUUAAUACAUUUAUUUUUUAUCACUUUAAAUUGGGAUAAAAUCAUAAACUAUUUGUACAUAAAACAUGAUUGCAGAUUUUGAGUGUUAACCUGUUUUUUCACUGUCAAUUUUUUUUCUUCUGUGCCCAGCGUUUCAAAAAUUUUAACAUUUUCCAGAGCCGUCUGUGCUUAAGGCAUAAACAUGAUUCUAUUAUUUCCAGUAAAUUUACCGUCCUUGAAUUUAAAAGCUCAUAUUGAGUAAAUACUCUUUAUAAUUCAUGCCUUUUAUAUCGUCAUUCCUAUUUACUUGUAUUGAUAGUUCAUUCUGCAUGCUUGCUGCACCAUUGUUAUGGUAACACAUAUACAUAUAUAUUUCUCAUUUUACCUCAUUUUUAAUCUUGGGAUAUUUGAUAUGUAUAUAAUAGCCUACAUAUUUGGUAUGUGGAUUUACGAGUAAGCUUAGUAUAAAUAAAAUGAUGUAAUUUGCACUU